GCCCUAGUGCCAGCCGCCCCAACCCCAACAACAGCGAAUCAGCAGUUUAACGCACCAAGCACACCCGAAAAGACACCGACUCUCAACUGGACACCAUCUGAGGACUGGUUCUCAAGCCCACUUGUCAGCUUGUCAGGACAGCCUCCCCUUCCUUCCUUCCUGUGAGCAUUGCGCGGAGCAGCGUCACAGGCAAAGCCUACGACAACAAGACCAACACGACAACAAGACCAACACGACAACAAGCCAACAAGACCAACACGACAACAAGCCAACAGGACCAACAAGACAAGAAGACAGCAAGACAAAAUGUCUGGUUCAGACACCUACUACACGGCGACGUGCAACAUGGUUGCCAUGGAGGGCGACCGCAUCAUGUUCCAGCCCACCGUCACCUGCCAGCGCAUGGAGGAUUACCACCCCGAGCGCCGCCAGGCCAGGAUGCACGUGCUCUUCGUCGCAGACAACUCCGGCUCCAUGUGCUACCACAUGCAGAGUGUCAACACCGGGCUGGCAAACGCCAUCACUGCCUGCAUGCAACACGGUGUUCACCCCAAUCUCUGCAACUUCAAUGAAGUUAUUGACGAGCACCACCUCCCCUACAACCAAGGCGCUGCUGCUGUUGCCAGCACCAUCCAGAACCUUGAAUCCACGGGUGGAACGGACUUUGACAUCGUUGUGGAUCGUCUCGUUGCGGAGAUGAACAUGCUCCUGGGUGUUGCCCGCGCCCAGCAAGACCGGCAGCAUCGCGUAUUCCUCGUCGUGAUGACGGACGGCCAAGCGUCGAUGCCCAGCGAGGACAAGUUCGCGCACCUGCAGCGUCUCAUCGAGGAGUUUACCGCCCUGUCUGUCCACUCCAACGAGGUCAACGUGCUUGCUCUCGGCGUUGGCGGCGACCACCAGGGCGAGUUUCUUGACCGCCUCUCAAAGGUUGUGCCCAACAGCAACCGCUUCUUCCAGUGCGCUGCUGGUGAGACGACGGACGAGCUCACCAACAGCAUCACGGACGCGAUGGGCCACCUCACCACCAGCCUUGCUGCCUCCGCCACCACCUCCAGCCUGCGCGUGUGCAUCCAGCCUGCCGGCACGUCCACGCCUGUCGCCCAUGUCCAGCUGCGCGAAACGGAAAGCGAGUCUGUUGGCACUGCCGUCGCCGUCACGUACCAGGCGGAUUGCGUGCAGGCAUUGCCAGACAACGUGGCAGCCGCCGUCUUUGCUGCCUUGCGACAAGACCCCUCCCGCAGCGGCAUGUUCCUUGGCAGCACCACCGCCACGCCGCUGCCGUGCACGUUCACCUUUGUGGACCUCGAGGACCUCGAAGGUGUGGACCGGUACGAGGCCGAGUCCGGGCUGGCGCGCGAGCAAACCAGCACAUUCGCCGACAACCUGCCGUCGCAGAUUGACGUGCGCCGGGACCGCGAGGUGGUGGAGACAGGCCAAACGCUGCUGGGCAUCAUUUCAGAGCUGAUCCAGCAGGCGCGCUCCUUCACGGACCUGCCCGAUGACGACCAGGAGUUUGUGGGCAAGACACAGCAGCAGCAGGAGCAGUGCCACUCGCUGCUCAACGAGAUUGUGAACACGGGCCGCUCUGGUCCCGAUGUCAUCACGCAGCUGCGCACCCACACCAACCCGCUGGUCGCGCCCAUUCGCCGACGCCGCGUGCAGGGCAAGGCAACGGGGGAGGUGCUGAUGCUGCGCGCCACGUGCCAGCAGCUGCAGGUUGCGUUGAUGCUCGCCCUUUGCCUCAACAUCUUCUUUGGCAUCUCUCUCGUCUUCAAGUGAUGCCGUUCACCCACGUUAUGAUAAUGCUUCAGUAGUCAGCUUCGUUGUUCUGUUGUUGCCGACAGGCUGCACACACACACACACACACACAC